AGUGGCCUUGGCCCAGAUACAGCUGACCAAGGAACCAAAUGAGCAGAGACAUCUGUGUCCACACAUGGCCAUGCUCCUACUACUUAGAACUUGAGAAGCGAUGGGUCCCAGGAAAACUUGCACUGACUUCUCUCUCACUGAAAUUCACAACUGAUAAAACUGGAGAAAUUCUGGUCAACUUCCCGCUUGCUAGUAUAAUUGAAAUCAAGAAAGAGGCUUCUCAUUUCAUCUUCAGUUCUAUCACCAUCCUGGAAAAGGAUCACAUCAAGCACUGGUUCAGCGCCUUGCAGCCAAGUCGGAAUGCUGUUUUCAGCAUCAUUGAGCAUUUCUGGAGAGAGCUGCUGCUGUCUCAGCCAGGAGCUGCUGCUGGGCUGGCAUCCUCCCCUGUGACCAAAGGGAAGGAGCUGACCACUCUGAUGGCCUGUUCCCAGAAGCGCCUGGAAGAUGCAGCCAAAGUCCUCCACCAUCAGGGUGAGCAGAUUGACAACAUCGCAAGAGGCCUGGACCAGAUGGAAUCUGAUCUUGACGUGGCAGACAGGCUGCUGACAGAACUGGAAUCUCCUUCUUGGUGGCCCUUUGGCUCUAAGCUGUGGAAGACACCAUCAGAAACGAGGCUCAGAAAAGAUGCCUCCACAGCGAAUUCCAAAACUCUCGGGAAAGAAGGGAUACUGAUUCAAGUUGCUGCUGUUAUUUCUCAGAAAGCAGAAUCUCAGGUGAAGCCAGGAAGGCUCACUCUAUUGGUGUCCGGGUUGGAGAUCCAUGAUUCAAACGCUUUGCUCAUGCAUAGAUUUGAAAGAGAUGAUGUGGAUGACAUUAAGGUCCACACACCAUAUGAGAUCAGCAUCCGCCAGCGGUUCAUUGGGAAACCAGACAUAGCUUAUCGCUUAAUAUCCGCCAAGAUGCCUGAGGUCAUCCCCAUUUUGGAAAUGCAGUUCAGCAGGAAGAUUGAGAUGUUGGAUGAUGCCUCAGUGCUGCAAAGCACCGGACUCAACUCCACAGCAGAGAAAGGCAGCUCGGUGUGGCGUGCAGCAUCGGAGCUGAUGUGCCACAGCAUUCCAGGGGAUCCAUCCUCAGGGAACCAAGAAGGCAAGUCUCUCCAGCUGCAGGCCAGCGAGCCACAGAUUUCUGAGGGGGAAGCUCAGGAGCUGAAACAGAUUCUCAGAAAGCUGAAGAGUCUUGCCUUGGACGCCGAGACAGAGCUGGAGAGACAGGAAGAGGCCCUGGAUGGUAUCACCUCAGCCGUGGACCGCACAACUGUGACCAUUGACAAGCAUAAUCGUCGAAUGAAAAGACUGACCUAGAAGGACAAGAAAGCAUGGAGGUGACCACUCAGAACAGACUCAUUUCUCUGAGCAUGCACGCUUCCUGAGACAAGA